AAACAAUAAACACAGUCAAUAGUUCUUCUUUCUUCUCUAACAAAGAUUUCAACUUAGUACUUAAUUUUGUUGAAAACUCCAAGAUCAAUCAUGAGUGAAGAAGGCAAGGAUAGUCAUCAUCAUCACCAUGGCCAUCACCACCACCAUCAUCACCAUGAGGACGACCAACCACCACCACCACCACCACCACCAGCUGAAUAUGGUACUUUUCAAGCACCUCCUCAACCGGUAGUCGGUUUCCCGCAGCCAGUACCUCCACCUGGGGCAUUUGAACCUUCCCCUGAAUACUAUGCUCGUGCCUAUCAGGUUGUUCCAGGCUAUGUGGUUGAUGAGAGGGGACCUGUGAGAGAGCCUCGCCUUCCUUGCUGUGGUAUUGGUCUUGGCUG